AUGAGUAGCGUGGACGGCGGAAUCAUCUUGAGAACUGAUAUUGUUCGAGACGAAGUAACGAAGUGGCUUAGUGACAACUUUGCCGUGCUGAGCCUGGGGCAGGAAAUAAAGACCUUCGGUGAGGAUAUCCCUCCUCACUACCUCUUAAGCCGUAUUCUGGAGAAGCUAAUGUAUGACCUACCUACAGAUGGCUUCAGUGGUGCUCACUCCACGUACCUUGAUUCGAUCAAGGUGAUAGAGUGUUCUGGCCAACAAGGCGAAAGCGAAGCCUUUCAAUUAGACUGUGUUAAUCUUGACGUCCAAGCAUACCAGCUUCGUUCAAACGAACCUGAUACAAACCCGUUACAGGAUCAAGGCAGUGAGAAACAAGAAGAAGAUUCACCCCAAGCACGCAUAAUAUCGCUGCCAAACAAGGAGUUAGAUGGUAUUUGGGAAUCCCAGCUACAAGUUGGGUUUUCGUGGCGUAAGCUUGGCCCUUGGACCAUCAGCUGGAACCGCCUUAUUCUCCUCUAUGGGCCUCCGGGGACAGGAAAGACAAGUCUCUGCCGCUCACUGGCCCAAAAACUGGCAAUCCGCCUGGGGAGGCAGUUUCCGCAAAGCAAAUUGGUCGAAAUCAACGCUCAUUCCCUGGGAAGUAAAUUUUUUAGUGAAAGUGGAAAGCUAGUGGCCAAAAUGUUUAGCAAUAUCGAAAGCAUGCUAGAGGACGAGCCCGAUACACUCGUCUGUGUCUUCAUUGACGAGGUGGAGACUAUGACUGCCAGAAGAGAGCAAACGUUGAGUGGGAAUGACCCGCUAGAUGCGAUGAGGGCCGUCAAUUCGCUUCUUACGGCAUUAGAUCGGCUGAGACACCACUCUAAUGUAGUUGUACUUUGCACAAGCAACCUUCUCACUGCGCUGGACUCGGCAUUCCUUGAUCGGGUUGAUAUCAAGCAAUUUGUCCCACGACCAUCUGCAAGUGGGAUAUAUGAAAUAUUCAGGAGUUGCCUUGAGAGCCUGAGUAUCUGUGGCCUGAUCGAGGGAUCAACAUUUGAUGUCGUCCCGGUUGAUCCAAACGACCCAACAACACCGCUCAAAUACAUUACCGAGCCAGCUGACUCUCUUAUACUGCCCAGCUAUGGCGGGAUGCAGUUAUGGUAUCAAAUGUUUCCAGAAUCCGUUCCGAAGCAGCUUGCCGAUAUCGCGCAUAUGAGCACUGGCUUGAGCGGCCGAUCACUUCGGCGGAUUCCAGCAUUGUCGCUCGUCCUCCACACUAAUCAUGAUGUCUGCACCGCUGACCAGGCACUGGCAGCGUUAAGGCGUGGAGUGGAGGAGGAACUGAGAGCAAAACAUGAGGCCGGGCGGGAGACAAGACAGGAGACAGGACAGGAGACAAAACAGGAGACAAGACAGGAGACAAGACAGGAGAAGACAAGAGCAUCUGGCCUAGGAAAAGAGUACGAACCGCACUCCCAUAUAUCGGAUUCAUCGCAACUCCUCACCCCAUCUACUCUCACCGUUUCGUCCAUCGGGAGAUCCUCGUCCACAGCUUCUGGCUCGCAAACACAAUCUCCGUUCUACCUCACCUUAACCGCAUCGGCUGCCACGGCCACCGCCAUUGGCUCCAUGGCCUGGUACUAUCACCUCUAUGGAGAUGAAGCAUUCGCCAUGACUCCAGCUGAGGAAGGUCUCCAUGCUACCCAGUAUCCUUGGGAACACACCAAGUUCCUCAAGACCUUUGAUCAUGCCGCCCUUCGUCGUGGUUUCCUCGUUUACCGUGAAGUCUGUGCCCAGUGCCAUUCUCUCACCCGUGUCCCAUGGCGAUCGUUCGUUGGUGUCAUGCAUACCGUCGAUGAGAUGAAGGCGAUGGCUGAGGAGCAUGAGUACGAUACCGAACCUAACGACCAGGGUGAAAUUGAGAAGCGCCCAGGAAAGCUGUCCGACUACAUUCCAGCUCCAUACAAGAACGAUGAGGCUGCCAGAGCCGCCAACAACGGUGCCUUGCCCCCAGAUCUCAGUCUUAUUGUCAAGGCUAGACAUGGAGGCUGCGACUACAUCUUCAGUCUCUUGACUGGUUAUCCUGAUGAGCCCCCAGCGGGUGCCGCUGUCCAAGAUGGAUUGAACUUCAAUCCCUACUUCCCCGGUACAGGUAUUGCUAUGGCUCGUGUUCUGUUCGACGGUAUUGUCGAAUACGAGGACGGCACUCCCGCUACUACCUCCCAAAUGGCCAAGGAUGUUACUGAAUUCCUCAACUGGACCGCCGAACCCGAGAUGGACGAGCGAAAGAAGAUGGGUAUGAAGGCUGUUGUGAUUCUCAGUGCCCUAUUUGCCGUCAGUGUCUGGGUCAAGCGAUACAAGUGGGCCACCAUAAAAACGAGAAAGAUUGUCUACCACCCACCAGUUGGCGGCAAGCGAUGA